UACUGGUUCAUUAAUUUGUCGUACAGCCUGGCACCUAUGUCAAAAACGAACUCUCGAGUCUCGACUAGUUUUCUAUUCGCUGGCAAGUUUUGCUAUCGUUCAAACCGGAAACACAAGAUCUAAACAAUAAUGUUUUGGUGAGGCAGAUCAAGGCUCACAAAAGUAACAAAAUCGAUAGGCCCAAGUGUGGAUUUCAACCUCUCAAUAUAUCCUACUUCUCCUGUGAUAUAAGCUUUUCACCAGGUCGACCCCAAGGCGGAAAAUGACGGAAAGUGAAAAGGACAUUGCAGUAAACGAGUUUGAGGAUGAUGACAAUGAGGAAGACAUACCCUUGGAAAAAAGGAAAAAGAUAUUUUCCAAAGAAUUGAGAUGCAUGAUGUAUGGCUUUGGUGAUGACCAGAACCCCUACACAGAGUCGGUGGACCUGCUAGAAGACUUAGUCAUCGAAUACAUUACUCAAAUGACGAGGAAAGCUAUGGAAAUCGGCAAAUCAGGUCGGAUCAUUGUGGAGGACAUAAUCUUCCUAAUACGAAAAGAUCCAAAGAAAUACUCUCGUGUGAAAGAGCUCCUGUUGAUGAGUGAGGAACUACGGAAGGCAAGGAAAGCCUUUGAUGAAAUCAAGUAUGCAACAACUAAGUGAUCUGAUUUCCCAUGUGUGCACAAGUGUAAAUUUGUGAAAAGAGGGCUCGGGUUGGUUUAUCAUUGCGUGAAUUUAGUAUGAAUGUCAUCAGACAAACUAGUGCUGUUUAUAUCAAGAUGUGCAUGAAUGAUAGGGAACAUAACUGAUCACUUUUGAGUGUGAGGCUGUUUGAAAUGAAUAUUAUUCAUGGAACAAUUGGUACAAUGCCUUAGCCAGACUUAUGUUUUUUUGGGGGGGUGGGGGAGGGCAAAAUCAUUCCCUUCACAUCUGUCAUGUUUGAGAAAUUUUUCUUCGAGUAGAUGGGUUAUUGAUUAAUGAUCUUCUUUUCUUUGCAAGGAUAGCGUAAUGAAGUAAUUGAAUGUGUCAGCUUAUCCCUAUCAAAAUGAUCAUUCAUACAGAGGCCUAUAUAAUGCUGGGAACUUAGUACUGAUGAGAAUAGCUUCCUUCAGUACAGUUUAUGAGGUGCCAAGGAUAAUGACGCUUAGUCCCACACAAGUUGAUAUGAGCUUGCUGUGUUGAAGUUGGUAUUAUCACUUACUGUACCUUAAUUGUCUUGCUGUACUACACUGUGAAAACUCUACCUGUUGGUAGGCAAACUACCCUUGCUUAUGUUUAAAUCUUGAACCCUGAACCUACAAGACCUGUGCAUCUGGGUUCUCUUUAGUCAACUGCAAGCAGGGUUAAAUUCUCGUGGAGGUUUCUAAGUCAGUUUAUUUUAAGCCGUAGUUUCACUUGCAAUUUCUCAAGUCCAGUGUGUCUGAAGAAAGUUAGAAGCAGCUGAACCAUGUUUCAAAGAAUUUAGCUUUGCGGUAAAUGUUUCAUGUUAUAAGUGAUGGAUUUAUCUGUUUAUGUUUUCUUUACUGUACUGUCAGACCUUGUUUUACUGCCAACCUUGGGGUGGGCAUGAAGUUGACAGUGAGAAAUGAUUCAGCUAUAACCAGAUGAAAAACAAUGUUAUAAUUAAUAAGUUGUUUCCGUUUGUUCCUUUGUACAAAAUUUUAUGAAAUGGCCUUCAGGCUUUCUGCAGGUGAUGCAUGCUAGCUCAUAGAGUUCUGUAUGGGAGACAGGGAGAUUAUCACUGUGUAGCUGCUGAAUAGAUGCUGUGCACAAUGUAUAGUGUGAACCUCUGGUGAUGUUGUUAGGCAAAUUUUCAUUAAAGUUUGGCUAGGGCCGUACAUCUCAAGCAGUUUUAGAUUGAGUUAUAAAGAGACAAGUAUGUUUUUACAUAUAUAUAGUCAUAGAAUGUAAGCGUCCCUAUUCUUGCAUUGGCAAACCUGGUGGUAAAAGGGGCUGAUAGUAAAAGUCUUAUUUCAUUUAAUGUUAGUCUUAUUUAAUUUACCGGUAAUAUAAUUUAAAAUAAAUUGAUACAGGUAGUACUAUUGUGUCAUUGAUAAUGUUAACUUUCAUCCUAUGUACAUUUCAUUAUAAGUAUAAUAUGUAUGUUAUUGUAUGGAACACUUUUUAAUAAAGAUGUUAAAAACUUAA